CUCGCUCCAAGCACUCCUUACCAACUUCCACUAUAUUAUCUUUUGACGUAGGCUUUGCCGGAACACCAAACCAGUGUACGCUAGGAAAGGGCCAUUCUUCUGCACUUGCUCCUACGCUCAAAAUUUAUAUACAUUUUCUCUUCCUUGUACAUUUCACAGCUGUUAAGCGACAUUUCUCCUCUCCAAGCACCAAACAAAAAUGAGCCAGUUUUCUCAGUCAGCUGCGCAGCUGCAGACCCUGAUGGGCAGCCUCAUGUCGUCUGACAACACGGAGCGUACGCAGGCCGAGGCCGCGCUGACCAACGAGUGGGUUAUGACCCAGCCGCAGGUGGUGGUGGGCAGCCUUGCCUACCUGAUCCACCAGGCGCCCGAUGCGCAGGCCCGCGCUUUCGCGUCGGUGCUCCUGCGCCGCAUUGCGCUGCAGGAUGCCCCUGGAACCGACAGCAAGGAGGACGCGUACACGGUGUGGAGCAAGGUGCCGGCCGAUGUGCGUGCCAGCGUCAAGGGCGAGCUGCUUGGUGCCUUGUGCGACGAGACUGACCGGUCAGCCCGGCACAAGGUGUGCGACACCAUCGCCGACAUCAACAACGACGAAGCCCAGGGCGAGUGGCCGGAUCUGCUGCCUGCGCUGUACUCUUGCGCCCAGGACGGCAAUGCGCUGCUUCGCGAAAGCGCAUACCGCAUCUUCAGCCUGUGCCCGUACCUGCUGGCCAAGCAGCCGGCUGAUGCUGUCAACAGCGCGUUCAUCGGCGCCUUCCAGGACUCGGACGCCAGCGUGCGCCUGGCUGCGCUGAAGGCGGCAGUGGCGUAUAUCCUGUCUGCCGACGAUAAGCAGCGCCUGGCGCUGGCCACGAUGGUGCCCCACAUGCUCAGCGUUCUGGAGCCCCUGCUGCGCGACAAGGACGAGGCCAACCUGGUCGAGGCACUGUCGGCACUGAUCGAGCCUGCGGAGGAGUCGCCGAAGCUGUUCCGCAGCGUGCUGAGCAACCUGAUCACCUUCUCGACCGAGAUCGGCAAGAACGACGAGUUUGAGAACGCAACACGGCAAACAGCGAUUGAGCUGCUGGUGACGCUGGCCGAGUCGUCGCCGGGCAUGUGCCGCAAGAACACGCAGUUCUGCCAGUCGAUCGUGCCGGUGUGCAUGCAGAUGAUGAGCAGCAUCGAGGAGGAGCCGGAGUGGUACACCACGGACACACUGGAGGACAGCGACAAUGACGAGAACUACGUUUUCGGCGAGCAGUCGAUGGACCGUCUGGCGAUUGCGCUGGGCGGGAAGCAGCUGCUGCCGAUUGCGUUCAACUUUAUCCCGCAGAUGCUGGGCUCGCAGGAGUGGAGCCAGCGCCACGCUGCGCUGAUGGCCAUUUCGUCGAUUGGCGAGGGCUGCUACAAGAUCAUGCGCCAUGAGCUGCAGAAGAUCCUGGAGCUGAUUGUGCCGUACUUCCAGGACCCGCAUCCCCGUGUCCGCUACGCCGUGUGCAACUGCAUCGGGCAGAUGGCCACCGACUAUGCGCCCACGCUGCAGGAGCAGCACCACCAGCUGGUCCUGUCGAGCCUGAUCCCGACCAUGGAGGACGCGGCCAACCCGCGUGUCCAGACGCACGCUGCUGCGGCAAUGGUCAACUUUGCCGAGGAGGCCAACAAGCGCGUGCUGGACCCGUACCUGGACACUCUGUUCCAGCGCCUGAUGCUGAUGCUCGAGUCCAACAAGCGGUACGUGCAGGAGCAGGCGAUCACGACCAUUGCCACCCUUGCCGACAAUGCGCAGGAGCGGUUCAAGAAGUACUAUGGCACCAUCAUGCCCAUGCUGCUCAAUGUGCUGGAGCAGGCCACCGACGUCGAGCACCGCCUGCUGCGCGGAAAGGCCAUGGAGUGCGCGACCUUCAUUGCGCUGGCCGUUGGCAUGGAGGUGUUCUCGCCGGAUGCCAAGCGGUUCAUUGAGCUGCUGACUGCCACGCAGCAGUCGGUCACCGACCCGGAUGAUCCCCAGGCCAGCUACCUGCAGGCGGCAUGGGCGCGCCUGUGCAAGAUCAUGGGCGCCGAUUUUGCGCCGAUUCUGCCUGUUGUGAUGCCGCCGCUGAUCGCCUCGGCCAAGCUGCAGCCCGACUUUGCGAUCCUGGAGUCUGGCGAGGACGCAGAGGCCAACUACUCGGCCGAGGACGGCUGGGAGUUUGCCAGCUUUGGCGGACAGCAGAUCGGCAUCAAGACCAGCACGCUGGAAGAGAAGUGCACCGCGGUUGAGCUGAUCAUCUCGUACGCCAAGGACAUGGGCGCCAACUUUGUGUCGUAUGCGGCCGAGAUUCUGGAGAUUCUGAUCCCGCUGUUCAAGUUCUACUUCCACGAGGGCGUGCGCACCGCUGCGGCCGCCGCAGUGCCGCCGGUCCUGGCGUCGGUCAAGCUGGCUGGCGAGAUCGACUCGCUUCGCCAAGUGUGGAGCUCGAUCUGCCCGCAGUACAUCUCUGUGCUGGCCCACGAGGAAGACGAUACGUUCACGCUGCAGCUGUUCAACUCGUUCGCCGAGUGCCUGGAGAUUGUCGGCGAGAACUCGAUGACCGACGAGCAGAUGACCAACUUCACCGCGGCAGCUGUUGAGCAGAUGGACAAGUACUACCAGCGCAUGAAGGACCGCGAGGAGGCGCGCAAGGCGCAGGAGCUCGACGAGGACGACGAGGAGCAGCUGGCCGAGGAGGAGCUGAUUGAGGGCCUGACGAUCGACGAGGUGGCCAAGGCGGUGCACGCGGUGCUCAAGACACACGGCGUGAAGUACCUGCAGUUCACGCAGCCGCUGCUGCAUGUCGCCCACAAGUACCUGGCAGAGCAGGACUCGUCGGCUCGCCAGUGGGCGAUCUGUGUGUUCGACGACCUGGUCGAGUUUGGCGGGCCUGCGUCGUGGCAGGUUGCCGGCGACUUUUUGCAGCCCAUCGUUACUGCGGUGCAGCAGGACAGUGCGCCUGACCUGCGCCAGGCCGCCGCCUACGGCAUUGGAAUCAUGGCCCAGUAUGGCGGCGACGCCUAUCUCGAGUUCCUGGUCAGCGUCGGGCUUCCCUCGCUGCUGGCUGUCAUCAGCAGCCCGAACGCGCGCAGCGAGGAGAACGUCUAUGCCACCGAGAACGCUGUGGCGGCGAUUGCCAAGCUGCUGCGCGCGCACUCUGGCAAGCUGCCCGACGCCCAGGGCGUGCUGCAGGCGUGGUUCCAGGCGCUGCCCAUCUCCAAUGACGAGGAGGAGGCCCCUGGCACAUACAGCUAUCUGCUGCAGAUCCUGAGCGAGCAGCCGGACCUGCUGCUGCGCGGCAACGACCCUGUGGCGGUCAAGCACCUGGUCAAGGUGCUGGCUGAGGGCCUGGCGGUGUGCUCGUUCGAGCAGCAGCUGGAGGCGGCGAUGGUCGAGGCGAUGAAGAAGACCAUCGGGUCGCUCGACGACUCUGUCAAGGCGGCGCUGUGGACCGAGAUCCCGCCCGAGCAGCAGCAGGCGCUGCAGGAGAAGAACUAUCUCUAA